AGAGAGAGAGAGAGAGAGAGAGAAAAGAAGCGUUAGAUCAGAGUUGCGGUUUUGGUUUUGGUUUAGCUGCGAUGUCGGCAGAUAUGGAUCCAUUAUUGAAAGAUCUGAGCGAGAAGAAACAGAGUUUCCGGCGGAAUGUAGUGUCAUUAGCGGCAGAGCUGAAGGAUGUCCGUAAUCGUCUCGCUUUGCAAGAGCAGUCAUGCGCUCACGAAACCCUAACGAGACAGGAGGCGGAGACGAGAGCUAAGAAGAUCGAAGGCGAGAUGUCUAAAUUGCAGAAAUGCUUGGAAGAGAGAAAUGAGGAGCUUCAGGCAUCAACUCUUGUAGCUGAAAAGCAUAUGGAGCUCGAUGAAUUGAGAUCACAGCUCUCAACAACUAAAGCAAUUGCGGAAGCAAGUGCUGCAUCUGCUCAAUCUGCACAGUUGCAGUGUUUGACAUUGUUAAAGGAAUUGGAUAAGAAAAAUUACACACUGCAAGAGCAUGAAACCCGAGUUCUCAAACUUGGAGAACAGUUAGAACUUCUGCAGAAAGAUCUUCAAUCGAGGGAAUCUUCACAGAAGCAAUUGAAGGAUGAGGUGUUGAGGGUAGAGCAUGAUAUCAUGGAAGCGAUAUCGAAAUCUGGAGCAAAGAAAGAUUGCGAAUUGAGGAAAAUGUUGGAUGAGAUUUCACCAAGAAAUUGCGAGAAGAUUAAUCAGCUUCUUAAUUUUAAGGAUGAAGAAAUUGAGAAAUUAAGAGACGAGAUCAGGAUUAUGUCUUCUCAUUGGAAUAUGAAAACAAAGGACCUUGAGUCUCAGUUGGAAAAACAUAAGAGAGCUGACCAGGAGUUGAAAAAGAGAGUUCUUAGGCUGGAAUUCUGUCUCCAAGAAGCCCGGUCUCAGACACGAAAGCUUCAAAGGAUGGGUGAGCGACGAGAUAAAGCAUUGAAGGAACUAAGAGACCAACUAAUCGUGAAGAAACAAAGUGAAUCUGAUCACGAUAAUGAUUCGAGAAAGAAUUUAUGGGAAACUACCAGUUUCAAGAUUGUAGCUUCAAUGUCAAUGUUACUCUUGGUCCUGUUCUCAAACCGGUAAAAAGUAAGAUGAAGUAAUUUGAUCAUAUAGCAUCAAAAUCAAUGUGUAUUAAUUAAUUAGUCUAGCUAGAACUAGAACUAGAUUAUGAUAAACCUGUGAAUGAUUUUUGACAAUUUAAACUAGCAAAUGGAUUA